UGAGAGCUUCUUGCAAUGGCCCCUAAGAAGAAGGAAGAGCCUAAACCCGCAGCACCAGCGGCCCCAAAACCCCCAGAGCCAGAGCGCCCCAAGACCCCGGUGUUUGACCCUGCAUCAGUGACGCUGGGAUUCACCCCUGAGCAAAUUGAGGAUUUCAAAGAUGCUUUCCAGCUGUUUGACAGGACUCCAAACAAUGAGAUGAAAAUCACUUACGCCCAGUGUGGUGACCUGGUUAGGGCUUUGGGCCAGAAUCCUACCAAUGCAGAGAUCUUGUAUGUCCUUGGAAAGCCCAAGCCUGAAGAAAUGCAGAUCAAGAUGCUCGACUUUGACCAGUUUCUUCCCAUACACCAACACCUUUGCAAGGCCAAAGACCGUGGAACAUUUGAGGACUUUGUGGAGGGUUUGAGGGUGUUUGACAAGGAGGGGAACGGCACAGUCAUGGGAGCUGAGCUCAGGCAUGUUCUGGCAACACUGGGUGAGAAGAUGAGGGAGGACGAGGUGGAGCAGCUAAUGCAAAACCAAGAGGAUGCUAAUGGAUGCAUAAAUUAUGAAGCCUUUGUAAAAUACAUUAUGGCAUCUUAA